UCUAAAACAAAAAAAAAAGCAGUUGCAUUCCUUGGGGCUGGUGUGAGCUGUACAUUGAUUAUAAAACAAGACCAAAAACUGAUGUUCCUGGGACAAUACCUGCUUUGGCCUCCAUUCUGAAUGGUUCCGGUCUUCAUGCCACUGUGGGCAAUAUUACUGGUCCUGGGUCCUGUCCCGGGACAAUCUGUCAGUAGACAAUUUACAGCUGCACUCAAAUCUAGGAUUUCUGUACAGCCUCCAUGGACCAAUUAUUUUUCAGGAGACACAGUGACUCUGUCUUGCCACAAACCUGGCUUCUUGCUAUAUCAAAUAAAAUGGUACCAUGGAGGCAAACUAUUAAGCCACAAUACUAAUACGUUUCAAGUCAAUGAAUCUGGAAAUUUCAAAUGCCAAGCUGACAACUUACUUCCAAGUAAAUCUGUGCACUUGGAGUUUUCCAAUGCUCAGCUGAUCCUACAGGCUCCAUUUGAGGUGUUUGAAAGAGACUCUGUGGUUUUAAAGUGUCAGGAAAAGAAACGAACAUCAAGGAGUAAUAUAACAUUUUACAGGAAUGGCCAGCAUUUACCACAUCAAGGAACUGAGUACCACAUUCAAAAUGCAGGUCUACAGCACAAUGGUGACUAUCGCUGUAACAACAGAUAUGCUUCUUCCAACAAGGUCAAAAUCCAAGUCCAAGAACUGUUUCCGCGUCCUGUGCUACUUGCUAGACCUUCCCAGCCCACAGAUGGAAGCCCAGUGAACCUCACCUGUGACACCCAGCUCUCGCCACAAAAAUCAAAUGUCCAGCUCAAGUUUUGCUUCUUGAAAGAUAACCUGAUUUCUAGGCAAGUCUGCAGCCAAGACCCAGAGUAUCACAUUCCUGCCAUAAGGAAAGAAGAUUCAACGUCUUACAGAUGCAAGGCAGGGACUUCCAAUAUUUGGAAAACCAGCCGUCCAUUCCAAAUUCCUGUGCAAAUUCCGGUGUCCCAGCCUACCCUCACCCUCAGGACUCCCAGGACCCAGGCAGUGGUAGGGGACAUGAUUGAGCUUCACUGUGAGGCCCCGAGAGGCUCUCCCCCCAUCCUGUACCAGUUUUACCAUGAGAACAUAAUCCUGGGGAGACACACAGCCCCUUCUGGAGGAGGAGCAUCCUUCAACCUCUCCUUGACUGCAGAACAUUCUGGAAAUUACCUCUGUGAAGCUACCAAUGGCCAGGAGGCCCAGCGCAGUGUCACAAUAACACUCAAUGUCAUCGUUCCGGUGUCCCACCCUGGUCUCACACUCAGGAUGCCCAGGACCCAGGCUGUGGUGGGGGACACGGUGGAGCUUCACUGUGAGGUGCUGACAGGCUCACCUCCAAUCCAAUACCAAUUUUACCAUGAGAACGUCAACCUGGGAAACAGCUCAGCCCUCUCUGGAGGAGGAGCAUCCUUCAACCUCUUUCUGACUGAGGAACAUUCUGGAAACUAUUUUUGUGAGGCCAGUAAUGUUGCUGGAGCCCAGCAGAGUGAGGCAGUGAGCAUCAAAGUUAUAGUUCCAGUGUCCCGCCCUGUCCUCACCCUCCGGGCACCCAAGGCCCAAGUUGUGGUGGGAGACGUGGUGGAGCUUCUCUGCGAGGCCCUGAGCGGCUCGCCCCCCAUCCUGUACCAGUUUUAUUAUGAGAAUAUCACCCUGGGGAAUAGCUCAGCCCCUUUUGGUGGAGGAGCAUUCUUCAACUUUUCUGUGACUAGAGAACAUUCUGGAAACUACUCCUGUGAGGCCAAUAACCGCCUGUGGGCUCAACAGAGUGACAAGGUGACACUUUUCGUCACAGGGUUGACGGGAGACAGAAGUGGUUCUGUGGCUGCAGGACUCACUGGGGUGUUGCUCAGCAUGGUGGUCCUGGCUGCUGGCGCAUUGCUGUUCCAUUGUUGGCUCUCAAGAAAAGCAGGUAGAAUGCCUGCCUCUGACCCCACCAGGAGGCCUUCAGACUCAGAACCCCAAGAACCCACCUACUCGAAUGUAUCAGGCUGGGUAGAACUGCAACCAGUGUACAGCAAUGUAAAUUCUCUAGGAGGAGAUGUGGUUUACUCAGAAGUACGGCGGUGUACCAAGGAAAGGCCGUAUGCAGUGGCCUCUGUACCCCUGGUCCCUGAAAAUAAGGGCUCCCCUGUCAUCUACACAGAGGUGAAGGUGGCAUGCACUUCGGCUUCCAAGCCCAACUGUCAGCCUCCUCAAUGAUGCACACACGAUUCUGCACACCUGUCCAGCUGCUGCUUCAACUGCUGCACCUCUCCGUGGGACAAAUGGAUUGCCGAAGUAGAAAAUCCAGCCCUGCUGGACUCCUGCUUGUUUCCCAGGCUACCACCCUGUGCUGGGAGUAUGUUUACUGUUAUUCCCAGCACAGGCUGCAGGCAUUGCCUUUCCUGGCUUCUUUGGUAGGCUUCAG